CUGUCGCGCGCCGGGCAGUUCGCGCGGGAGCCGGGCGCAGCGGCGCCGAGGCUGCAGGUCGGUGGGAACGGAAGCGCAUCCGGGACUGAGGGGAAGCCAGGAUGGCGACUCCGAGUAGGAAGACGUCGACCCCAAGCACCCUGCCCUCCAAGAGAGCUCUCCCGAGAGAUCCCUCGUCGGAGGUCCCGAGCAAGAGAAAGAGCUCGGCCCCGCCGGCGCCUCUGCCGCUGCAAUCGUCCAGGCCUUUCGUGGAAGGCUCUAUCGUCCGCAUCGUGAUGGAGAACUUCUUAACGUAUGAUAUCUGUGAAGUCUCUCCUGGACCCCAUCUGAAUAUGAUUAUUGGAGCUAAUGGAACAGGAAAGUCUAGCAUCGUAUGUGCCAUUUGUCUUGGAUUAGCAGGCAAACCUGCUUUCAUGGGACGGGCAGAUAAGGUUGGUUUUUUUGUGAAGAGAGGAUGUUCCAAAGGAAUGGUUGAAAUUGAAUUGUUCAGAACUUCAGGAAAUCUUGUAAUUACCCGUGAGAUUGACGUGGCAAAAAAUCAGUCGUCUUGGUUCAUCAACAAAAAAUCUACAACCCAGAAAGUAGUAGAAGAGCAAGUUGCAGCCUUAAACAUUCAAGUGGGCAAUCUUUGCCAAUUUCUACCUCAGGAUAAAGUUGGAGAAUUUGCUAAACUGAGUAAAAUUGAACUUCUUGAAGCUACUGAGAAGUCUAUUGGUCCUCCAGAAAUGCACAGAUACCAUUGUGAACUCAAAAACUUCAGGGAGAAAGAAAAACAACUAGAGACCUCGUGCAAAGAGAAAACUGAGUAUCUAGAGAAAAUGAUUCAGAGGAAUGAACGAUACAAACAAGAUGUGGAGAGGUUCUAUGAACGUAAGCGACAUUUAGAUUUGAUUGAGAUGCUUGAAGCUAAAAGGCCGUGGGUGGAGUAUGAAAAUGUUCGUCAGGAGUAUGAAGAAGUAAAACUAGCUCGAGACCGAGUGAAGGAAGAGGUGAGGAAACUUAAAGAAGGGCAGAUCCCUAUGACCCGUCGAAUUGAAGAGAUUGAGAAGCAGCGUCGCGUGUUGGAGGCUCGAAUCAAAGAGAAGGCAACAGAUAUUAAGGAGACCUCUCAAAAAUGCAAACAAAAGCAAGAUAUUAUAGAAAGGAAAGAUAAGCAGAUUGAGGAACUGCAGCAGGCAUUAACGGUAAAACAGAAUGAAGAACACGACCGCCAGAGGAGGAUAAGUAACACUCGGAAGAUGAUAGAGGAUUUGCAGAAUGAACUGAAGACCGCAGAAAACUGUGAGAAUCUUCAGCCGCACAUUGAUGCCAUUACAAAUGAUCUGAGACGAGUUCAAGAUGAAAAGGCAUUAUGUGAAGGCGAGGUAAUUGAUAAGCGAGGAGAGAAGGAGAGCCUAGAGAAGGAGAGAAAGAGUGUGGGUGAUAAUAUUGUACGAUUUGACAAUCUUAUGAAUCAGAAGGAAGAUAAGCUGAGGCAAAGAUACCGUGACACAUAUGACGCUGUUUUAUGGCUAAGAAAUAACCGGGACAAAUUUAAGCAAAGAGUCUAUGAGCCUAUAAUGCUCACGAUCAAUAUGAAAGAUAAUAAAAAUGCCAAGUACAUUGAAAAUCAUAUUUCAUCAAAUGACUUGAGAGCUUUUGUAUUUGAGAGUCAAGAAGAUAUGGAGGUUUUCCUCAAAGAGAUUCGUGACAAUAAAAAAUUAAGAGUAAAUGCUGUUAUUGCUCCCAAGAGCUCAUAUGCAGACAAAGCACCUUCAAGAUCUCUGAAUGAGCUAAAACAGUAUGGAUUUUUCUCUUACUUGCGAGAAUUAUUUGAUGCCCCUGAUCCCGUCAUGAGCUUCCUUUGCUGCCAUUAUCAUAUUCACGAGGUUCCUGUAGGAACUGAAAGGACCAGAGAAAGAAUUGAACGGGUAAUACAAGAAACCCGGUUAAAACAAAUCUAUACAGCAGAAGAAAAGUAUGUGGUGAAAACUUCCAUUUAUUCAAAUAAAGUCAUUUCCAGUAACACAUCCCUAAAAGUAGCCCAGUUUCUCACAGUCACUGUGGAUCUUGAGCAAAGACGACACUUAGAAGAACAGCUAAAGGAAAUUAAUAGAAAAUUGCAAGCAGUGGAAGCAGGGUUGAUUGCCCUAUAUGAGAGAAACAAACAUCUAGAACACAAAGACAAUGAACUUAGACAAAAGAAGAAGGAACUUCUUGAAAGGAAAACCAAGAAAAGACAACUGGAACAAAAAAUUAGUUCCAAACUGGGGAGUUUAAAGCUGAUGGAACAGGAUGUUUGCAACCUGGAGGAGGAAGAGCGAAAAGCAAGUACCAAAAUCAGAGAAAUAAAUGUUCAGAAAGCAAAACUUGUUACUGAAUUAACAAACUUUGUAAAGAUUUGUACUUCUUUGCAUAUACAAAAAGUUGAUUUAAUUCUUCAAAAUACUACAGUGAUCUCUGAGAAGAACAAACUAGAAUCUGAUUAUAUGGCUGCUUCAUCACAACUCCGUCUCACAGAGCAACAUUUCAUUGAGCUGGAUGAGAGUCGACAGAGGUUACUGCAGAAAUGCAAGGAGCUGAUGAAGAGAGCUAGGCAAGUAUGCAACCUGGGUGCGGAGCAGACGGUUCCUCAAGAAUACCAGACACAAGUACCCACCAUUCCAAAUGGACACAACUCCUCACCCCCCAUGGCUUUCCAGGAUCUUCCAAACACAUUGGAUGAAAUUGAUGCUUUGUUAACUGAAGAAAGAUCAAGAGCCUCUUGUUUCACGGGACUGAAUCCUACAGUCGUUCAAGAAUACACAAAAAGAGAAGAAGAAAUAGAGCAAUUAACUGAGGAACUAAAGAUAAAGAAAGUUGAACUGGAGAAAUACAGGGAAAGCAUUUCACAGGUAAAAGAAAGGUGGCUUAAUCCUUUAAGGGAGCUCGUGGAAAAAAUUAAUGAAAAAUUCAGCAAUUUUUUCAGUUCCAUGCAGUGUGCUGGAGAAGUCGAUCUACAUACAGAAAACGAGGAGGACUACGAUAAAUACGGAAUUCGAAUCCGUGUCAAGUUUCGCAGCAGCACGCAGCUGCACGAGCUGACGCCGCACCAUCAGAGCGGCGGCGAGAGAAGCGUCUCCACCAUGUUGUACCUGAUGGCUCUGCAGGAGCUGAAUCGGUGUCCGUUCAGAGUCGUCGAUGAAAUCAAUCAGGGAAUGGACCCGAUCAAUGAGCGGAGAGUGUUUGAAAUGGUUGUAAAUACUGCUUGUAAAGAAAAUACAUCUCAGUACUUCUUUAUUACACCAAAGCUCCUGCAAAAUCUUCCUUACUCUGACAAGAUGACCGUGUUGUUUGUCUACAAUGGCCCUCAUAUGCUGGAACCUAACAGAUGGAAUUUAAAGGCUUUCCAAAGGCGGCGGCGCAGGAUCACAUUCACCCAACCUUCUCAGUAAAAGUGAAGGGCAAGAACUUUGGAAUUUUUUUGGUUAAAUCCUGUUUAUAAGUAUGGCUCACCUGAAUAAAAGGAGAUUCAUUAAGACUAAGAGAUGGGUCAUUUUUGGAAGCCUGCUGUUAAAUGCAAAGGGUUGAUGAACGGACACCAUAGUAACGCCUUUCCGUGGAACCUCAUCUGAUAGGUUCAACAGAAACUGAAGACUUACUUUCUCCUAAGUCGUUGGCCCUCUGACCACAAGUCAGUGGGUUCCCAUGGCAAAAGGUACUUACUUAGUAUUCACAUCACAGGUACCGGGGAAGGGGUUACCUGUCACAGGAAGUGUGCUUGACCUGGUAAUUCUGAGCUUUAAUUCCAGAGGAACUUUAAUUACUCUCAGAGUCUAAAGCGGACUCUACAGCUCAAUCAUAGUUUCCUCCCAGUGUUAUAUUUAAUUUUUUAAAAAUUGAUAUGGAAAUGUCUAGACUAAUGUAUAAUAAUAAUUUAUGAAAGAUCUAUUCAUUUCUUCCUAUUAAAGAGGAUUACCUUAUCUCCACUAGGAAAUGGGAUUUUAUGGGCCUUUGAAAAGAUUUUACAAAACUUGCCACUGUAAUUGUAUUGGGAUCUCUAGGGGAAUACAUACUGGGCUUCAAAAAUGGUAGCAGAACGUCUCUGAAAUGAUGCCACAAGGUGGCCACUAGAUGAUGCAAGGAGCAACCAGAAGAUUGACAGAAAAGAAAUCAAGUGAUAAGGGUUUUUAAAGAAUAACCCUGUAAAGCAUGUGUGGGGUUUGUUUGGGGGUUUUGGGUUUUUUUUUUUUUUUUGGUUGUUUUUUUAUUUAAAGUCAACUGUAUUUUACAUCUUCAAUUUCUAAAAGCAUUUUUAUAAUUAUUUUUAGUAAGAUUUUUUCUUAAGAUUUCAUAUACUGGUUUCUACAGUUUAUAUUUGAAAUUUCUCAGUGUUAUGUCAAGAGUGAGGGAAGCACUGAUUUGUUUUAAAACAUGUUUCUAGAACCUAAGCUUUUAGGUCCUUCCUUAACAGUGUUGAUCCUACCCCAUUGUCUUAAAAAAAUCUAGUUUAAACUUUUUGAGCAGGAAAGAAUUAGAUGGGAGAAUCAUUUGUUUAUCUCUGAGUUAAUACUAAUUAACAUUGCCAAAACGAAUUCUGUUCUUUAAAAAAAUAAAGCUUGUGAGAUAGUGGACUAAUCCAAGAACAUGUCUCUGGACAGCGAAUUUGAUCUGUGCCAGAAAUGACAAAAUUAUUAUUUUUUUGACUUGGUAGCUUCAGUAAAUUGAAGAAUUCACUUUGGCUUUUGUAGAUUCAUAAAUAGCCAUGGAGAUUUAUAUUCUUAAUAGGUCAAAAAAUAAUGAUCCAUAAGUCUAUAUACUUGGACAUUUUCUCUUUAAAAAGGUAUUUUUUUCUUGAAAAAAAUUUUAAAAGAGCCGUCUCCUCUUAGCUUAAUGCAUGUAUUAUGAAAAUAUUUUAAAAUAACAUUUUUACUCGUGUAACAACUCACGUAAACAUCGAAAAACUUGGUAACCUAUUAGUAAAAGGAGGUUGUUACCAAAUGUUGGUUGUUUAAUACUUUGAUUUCCACCAAAAUAUCUUUACUAAUAUGUGCUUACUGUCAUUUGUCUAUUGUCUGAGUCAGUGCCAGUCAUCUUAUUUCUGUAAAAUGAUUAUCAGUGUGAAACAAGAGCUUGAAGAUGAGGCGUGUUUGCAAAAGAAAAAGGUCAAGUACAUUUCAGUUUGCUUUUGCCAGAAAUUACUCCAUACCUUGUCUGUAAGCAUUUUAUAUUUCUCUAUUGGACAAAUACUUAGUUUUACAUUGGAUUUUGAGCUGUAAAGGAAAAAUUAUGUAUCAUUUUAAGAAAAUAAGCCUAACACAUGAUAUUCUCAGCCACUUAAAACUUCAUAUAUUUUCUGCAGAGGUUGAUUUCUAAUUACAUACAAAUUGUAAAAACGCCAAGUAAAAGUCUGAUUUGAUGAAUAAAAUAUUUAAAGAGAAAAUCUUCAUUGAUUUGCCUAAGGAGAGAGUCUCUAUUCACAGAUUUUUAGUGUUCAAAGUAAAAAGUAAAGAUUUUUUUGCUGCUUUCUGAUUGUCUUUUGGACAUGUGCUUAUUUUCUUUGGAGUAUGAAUCUUUAGUAUGUGGAAAAUGUAAUUUUGUCCUACUAUAGUGUGUGUCUGUGUGUAUGUAUGCGUGUGUAUCACUGGGGGGAAAAAUCGCUGUGGGAAAUGCUACUUUGUUGGUAAUAAAUGCAUAUUUUCAUAUUC